AUGGAUGUUCCUUCAGGACGUGUGCAGAACUUGACGGAUAAACAGGAGUUCCAUUUAAAACAGGUUUGGGCCCAUAUAUUCCAGUUUUGGGGAGUUCCGGUGGAUUUGUCGGAGUUACAGGCUACGGAGAAGCUGUUAGAGUCCAACGGAACAACGAAUGUUAAGAGCGAUGGUUCGAAGAAUAAGAAGAAGUUGAUGAGUCUGUUUGGGAACAAGAAAGAGAAUGGUUUGAACGGGUAUAUAAAUGGGCGGAGUUCCUCGAGAAAAAGGGAAUCUUCAGUGUCUGUAGCUACAGUCAGGUCCAGCGAAUCCAUAGAAUCGGCAAAUCAGUCGCUUUCGGUUCACGAAUCGUUUAAAGACCUUGAUCCAACUGAACUGCGCGAGAAAUUCUGGGAAAUGUUAAGAUGUGAUUAUCCUGACAAUCUGUUGUUGAGGUUUGUGCGUGCAAGAAAGUGGGAUACGGGCAAGGCUAUUGGGAUGAUUGCUAAUACGUUGCGGUGGAGAUUGACGGAGGGUCUUCCAGAUGAAAUUAUCCGCGGUGGUGAAGCGAAGGCGUAUGCCGACAAAAAAGUUGGUUUGAUCAAGCAACUCGAACUUGCGAAGGCUACUGUUCGAGGAUAUGACAAAAUAGGAAACCCACUCGUGUUUGUGCGGCCAAAAUUGCAUUUUUCUAAUGAUCAGACAGAACAGGAAAUACAAGAAUAUUCCUUGUUAAUUAUUGAACAAGCGAGGUUAUUUGUUCGUGAACCUCGUGAGGCAGCAACGAUAGUCUUUGACUUAACAGGCUUUUCUAUGGCGAACAUGGAUUAUACACCUGUAAAGUAUUUGAUUAGUUGCUUUGAAGCUCAUUACCCUGAGUGUCUGUACAAGUUGUUCAUUCACAAAGCCCCAUGGAUCUUUCCACCGAUUUGGAAUAUAAUAAAGAACUGGCUAGAUCCCGUGGUGGCUUCGAAGAUUGUGUUUACUAAGAAUUUCAAUGACUUGGAAGCGUAUAUCUCACGUGAACACAUCCCUAUGGAACUCGGUGGUAGCGAUAACUACGAUUUUGAUGGCUUCAAAAAAGUCGACGGUUCAUCAGACGUCAAGCUCAAAGAUAAAGAGGGCAAAGAAAAGGUUAUGUCAGAAAGAAGGGCUAUCAUUGAUAGAUUUAUUCAGGCUACAGUUUCUUGGCUAGAGGCUCCCACUCAUGAGGAGUCGGCCAAGUGGCUAAACACUAAGAUAGAGAUUAGCAAAGAACUUUCUGCAAACUAUUCAAGACUAGACCCAUACAUUAGGUCCCGGUCUUUUUACGAUUUGAAUGGUACAUUAAAGGUUUAA